AACGUUCGUAACGGGCCACUCCUCUUGCUGAUAAUGUCCACGCGAUGUAUGUAGCCGACGUGCCUGACGUCUUGGUUUGAGUAUCUUCGUUCGUAGGCUUGAAUGCGGUGAUGCUAAUCGUGCGCAACACACGCUGACACGGCGGAUUCGACUUGAUUAGAAAAUCGUGAUUCCGAGAAAAAAAUGUUAGUCUGGAUACUCUUAUUGUUCUUGGCUUCUGGAAAUGGUCAGUUUACCCAGGAGCCAACAGAAUCCACUCCCAGACUUCCAUGGAAUCGUUAUGAUGAACGGGAUCAGAAUACAGGAUUUUGGAAUCCUGUAGGUCAAAAUGAAAAUGUUAUAAUUAAAGACUCCACGUAUUUCAUUGUUGCGUCUCGCAUGGUUAGACCAGGUCAAGUGUACAGACUUGCUGUGAACAUUCUUCAUAGCCCGCUGCCUAUGAUGGUGCGUACAUCUAUUCAGCGAAAUGGUGUGGAAAUAGCAGCGGAUCAUCAAGAAGUAAAAGAGGGUAUACCUGAAACUUUAAUGAUGCGCAUGCCACCCACUUCCGUGGAUGGUGACUAUAAGUUGCGCAUAGAAGGAUUAUUUAAUAGUUUAACAGGUGGCCAAGCUUUUUUAAAUGAAACCAAACUGAUAUUCUCGCAACGUUCUAUGACCAUUUUCAUACAAUUGGACAAACCCGUGUAUAUGCUGGGCGAUACAGUACGUUUUAGAACAAUUCUGAUCGAUACGGAAUUGAAAGCUUAUGAUAAUCCUGUGGAUGUAUAUAUGUUAGAUCCAAAUAGAAGGAUUAUGAGACGAUGGCUCAGCAGACAAAGCAAUCUGGGUACAGUGUCGCUGUCGUACCAGCUUUCUGAUCAACCGGUUUUCGGGGACUGGAUCGUGCAAGUAAUAGCUCAGAAUCAAGUGGAGGAGAAGACAUUCCUUGUAGAAGAAUAUUAUCAAACGCGUUUCGAAGUCAACGUCACGAUGCCAGCGUUCUUUUUUGACAACGAUCCUUACAUUUACGGUAUCGUUCAGGCAAAUUAUACAUCGGGCGCACCGGUGAGAGGUAAUCUGACUUUAAAAGCUAGUUUCAAACCACUGGAUAGAAUACGCAAUCCCUCAGCGGCGAUCGAACCAGUUGAGAGAUACUUCAACUUCAAUGAAUAUUAUCCAUCGUGGUUUAGGAUACUUAAUUUUUAUGAGGAGAGAGUACCAGUAUUAAGAUUCUUCAAUGGAACGUAUCAUUUCCAAUAUCCUAUGCAGGAAUUGCUGGGCUUUGCUCCGUCGAUUGACGGAAUGGAAGUCACUGUGGUUGCGACAGUGGGUGAGAGAUUUCUCGAUGAGGUGAUCGUCGGUUACUCUAAGGCAAGGAUCUUCAAUUCUACCACAAAGAUUCGUUUUCUUGGUGGCAGUCCACAGGUCUUCAAGCCAGCGAUGCCGUUUACUUUGAACUUAGUUGCAUCUUUUCAUGACAACUCGCCAUUACGACCCACGCAGCUCAGGGACGCCAUGAUGGAAAUCCGCGCAGACAUCGAGAUGCGAUCUGGCGGACGUCGCAACAUUGAUAUCCAAUAUCCAAGGGCAUCACCAGAACAUGCGGAUGCAUGGGUCGUGAAGAUGGAUCUCAGGAAACAGCUCGGGCUAGAUUCUGAUCGCGCCAGUCAAAUUCUGGACGAUAUCACCUCCAUGAGAGUUCAUGCGCAUUUUACUGAUGGUGAAGGUUACAGGGCUCAGACCGAGUUGCUACUGCUCGCCCAUGAGUCUCCGAAUAUGAAGCACAUAAAGAUAUCAACAUCUACCGAAAAUCCCAAAGUCGGUCAAUACAUGAUAUUCCAUGUACAAACUAAUUUCUAUAUUGAUGUCUUUAACUAUCUCAUCAUGUCUAAAGGCACUAUCCUUUUGACUGGUGAAGACAAUAUGCAACACAAUAUAAAAACUUUCGCGAUUCCUCUGAGCCCUGAAAUGGCUCCUGUCGCAACGGCGGUGGUGUAUUACGUGGGCCGCCAUGGCGAAGUUAUUGCAGAUUCCCUGACCUUCCCCGUGAACGGCAUUUCGCGCAAUAACUUUACUGUAUUUAUCAACAACAAAAAGGCAAGAACAGGCGAGCGCGUUGAGGUAGCUAUUUAUGGUGAACCUGGCGCCUAUGUUGCUUUAUCGGGUAUCGAUCGUUCAUUCUACACUAUGCAAGCAGGCAAUGAACUAACAUAUGCAAAUGUAAUCUCAAAGAUGGCUCAUUUUGAUGAGGAGACCAACGGCACGCAUACGCACACUUGGCAGUAUCACGAUGGUGAUCCAGACGAGAUGAUAUAUUUUCCGUCCUCCACCUUUGGUAUUGAUGUCAAUCGCACGUUUGAUUAUAUUGGCCUAGUUGUCUUCACAGAUGCUGUGUUAUACCGACGACCUGAUCUGUGCAAUCGAACGCAGGGUUUCGGCGAAUGCUUAACUGGUCGAUGCUACAGAUUGGAGAAAAAAUGCGACGGUGUAUUUGACUGUGAGGAUGGCACAGACGAGGCGCGAUGUGUCGAGCGGAACGCGACUGACUUGGCACAAUUCCGUAAGGACCGAUUCAAUCGAAUCCAAAGGCAUUAUGAAAAUGUUUGGCUGUGGAAAGAUAUCAAUAUCGGCCCGCAUGGUCGACAGAUCUUCAAUCUGGAUGUACCACGGAGACCAGUACAUUGGAUGGUUACCGCUUUCAGCAUGUCGCCUAGCAUCGGGUUUGGUAUGUUGCCGAAAACGCUAGAAUAUAUCGGAGUCUUGCCGUUCUAUAUAAACGUAGAGAUGCCAGCUCACAGCAGACAAGGCGAGCAAAUUGGUAUUCGUGUGUCCGUCUUCAAUUACAUGCACUACAAUAUUGAGGCAACAGUGGUAUUAUCGGGAUCCAAAGACUAUAAAUUUGUUCACGUUGAGGACAAUGGCAUUGUGCAGUCGUAUAAACCGCGUACUUCUUUCGGCGAACAUCAAUUUUUCAUCUGGAUCCCUGCUCAAGAUGUCAACAUUGUUUAUCUGCCCAUCGUACCAGUAAGACUAGGCGAUAUUAAAAUUCACGUUUAUGCGACUACUUUAAUUGGCAGGGAUUCGGUGACUCGCAAUCUGCAUGUUGAAGCAGAUGGAGUGCCGCAACAUCGACAUCAAUCAAUUUUGCUGGAUCUUAGCAAUCGCGCCUAUAUACAAAAAUACUUGCACGUGAAUGUCACUGAGACCCCGAUCAUAACGUAUGAUGAGAACCGUUACUAUGUAUUCGGAUCUAACAAAGCAACUGUUAGUUUGGUUGGUGACGUAGUGGGGCCUAUUUUCCCAACAAUGCCGGUGAAUGCAACGAGCCUUUUGAAUCUGCCGAUGGACUGUGCCGAGCAGAACAUGUUCAGUUUCGCCGUUAACAUGUAUACCACCCUAUAUAUGCGCUUGAUUAAUCAACGCAAUCGCACACAAGAAAAGGAAAGCUUCUACUACAUGAACAUCGGCUAUCAAAAACAGUUAUCGUUCAUGAAUCCUGACGGAUCUUUUAGCUUUUUCCGUACUGAUUGGAACCAAUCGAUGCCGAGUGUUUGGUUAACAGCAUUCUGCGCACGGAUUUUCCAAGAGGCUAGCUUCUAUGAGUGGGAGAAUUAUCUUUACAUUGAUCCCGAAGUGAUUUCCCAAGCGAUUUCUUGGAUAUUGAAACAUCAGACACCGGAAGGCGCAUUCUAUGAAGUGACCUGGUUACCGGAUCGAAAGAUGAACAGUUCCUUAAACUAUAAAAAUGACAUAAUUGCUCAUCGAAACAUCAGUCUCACUGCUCAUGUACUCAUCACACUGCAGAGUGUCAAGGAUCUCACGGGUGGUUUAGGUUCUCAAGUGGCCCUGAGCGCGGCCAACGCUAUCAAAUGGUUGGAGAGAAACCUGAAGUUAUUGGAAGAGCGCGGUAAACCUUAUGAGAUAGCAAUAGUGGCCUAUGCACUCUUGGUGGCGAAAGCCUCUACUGCUGAGCAAGCCUACAACAUCCUGGCGAAACACGAACAAAUAGAAGACGAAUAUAGGUACUGGGGCAGAGAAUAUGUACCACUUCCUCCGACCAAGCAGGAGAAUCAGAAGACAUUUAGGCUGCCACGCUUACCCUUCAAUUAUGAUUCAGAAAACAUAGAGACAACUUCAUAUGCGCUACUUGUUUAUGUCGCCCGACAAGAACUUAUGUUAGAGCCAAUAGUGAGAUGGCUGAACGUACAGAGAUUAACGGACGGUGGAUGGGCCUCUACUCAGGAUACUGUUUGGGCGAUGAAAGCGCUAAUGGAAUAUACUGUCAGAUCGAGAAUCAGGGAUGUCAGUUCGCUCUCUGUAAACAUAGAAUUUAGUUCCAUAAUGAACAAGACCGAGACAUUGACCGUGAAUCACAAGAAUCUAGCGAGACUUCAAACUAUCGAAAUCCCGCAAGCGUGGGGCAUUGUAAAAGUGCAGGCGAAGGGUGCAGGUUACGCCAUUCUGCAGAUGCACGUGCAAUAUAACGUUGAUAUAAAGAAAUUCCAAACAGAACCACCGAUUAAAGCCUUCGAUCUAGUCACCAGAGCGAAUUUCCAUGGCAGAAAUCAGUCUCAUAUCUCGUAUCUUUGCUGUCAAAGAUGGACGAAUCUCAACGAAUCUAUGCGGUCCGGCAUGGCUGUGUUGGAUGUAGCUGUACCAACCGGUUACAUAAUCCAGCAACAAACUCUAGAUAAAUACAUCCUAUCGAAGCAAGUGAGGAAUCUCCAGAGAGCACGUUUCCAAGAAAGGAAAGUACUCUUUUAUUUCGAUUAUCUGGACAGCGAAGAGACGUGCGUAAACUUCACAAUGGAACGUUGGUAUCCGGUCGCAAAUAUGUCACGAUACCUUUCCAUUCGCGUUUAUGAUUACUAUGCGCCAGAACGUUUCAACGAAUCUAUAUUUGACGCACUGCCUACAUACACAUUGAAUAUAUGCGAAGUUUGCGGUAGCUCCCAGUGCCCCUACUGCCCAAUUUAUAAUGCUGCCAUGUUAUUAAGUACACCAACAGGUUUCCUGCUUAUCACAUCGCUUAUCGUGACAAUAACGAGAUACUUCCGAACGCAGCAAUUCGACGACGAUCUGUUAACAGCAUGCUCUAUUUAGCAAUAAUAUAAAGGUAAAAGUAUUCGAUUCUUAUUCAAUUGCCAUAAUUUGCCUCUGCUAACGGAGCACAAAUAUGGAACGUUACAAUAAUCAGAACAUAGUACAUGUCCACGAAUCUCAUUACUAUAAAUAUCCGAGGAAUCGUUUUAUAUAAUUUUGAAAUAUGACAUGCAUAUGCAAUGACUAAUGUUAAUGAUGAGUUUUAAUUCUCAAUUUCUAUUUCC